CUCUGAUACGUCUUAGGGUUUCUCUUUCUGGAUGGUCUCGAGCGCCUCCUCCCUCUCUUCCCAUCUAUCACCCAUCUCUUCUGCCCUCGAUUCCCUUAUAUUCAUGUCCAAUUAAACCUUUCAUUUCUCCCGCCCUCCUCACAGAUCUCCUCUUUCCCUCUCACCUCACCUUUUGAAUCUCUCCCCAAUUGCUCCGACGAGAGAGAGAUCCAAAUGGGUUUCUCUGAUUCCUCCCCUACUUCACCGGAAGCUAUCAACCGCGGAGAAAAGGAAGAAAAGAACAAAGGGUCCGAUGGGGACAUUGACGAGAGUGAUUCCACAAUCACUAACAGCGUCAUAACCUUAGAAGACGAAUCCGUUGUUGACGUUUCCGGUCAAAGUCUGAACCUUUCUCUUCUCGACAAUUCGGAAAAUUCCGUUAAAGGUCUCUACUUUUUCAGAAAUGUGUUCACUUUAAUCCCCAAAUCCAUUGGAGGGUUCGGGAGCUUGAAGAAGCUCAAGUUCUUCAGCAACGAGAUCGACCUUUUCCCACCGGAGUUGGGGAAUUUAGUCGAUUUGGAGUAUCUUCAGGUGAAGAUAUCGUCGCCGAGUUUAGGCGACGGGUUGUCGUGGGGAAAGCUUAAGGCUUUGAAGGAGCUUGAGCUUACUAAAGUCCCCAAACGUUCCUCUGCUUUGACCCUUUUGAGUGAGAUCUCUGCGCUUAAGUCCUUGACGAGACUCUCUGUUUGUCACUUCUCCAUCAGAUAUCUUCCUGCGGAGAUUGGAUGUCUUACGAGUCUAGAGUACUUGGAUCUCUCCUUUAACAAAAUCAAGAGUUUGCCUAAUGAGAUAAGUUAUCUGAGUUCAUUGAUGUCCUUGAAGGUUGCUCACAACAGGCUGAUUGAGCUCCCAUCGGUUUUAGCUUUAUUACAAAACUUAGAAAGCCUGGACGUAUCAAACAACCGGUUAACAUCACUGGAUCCUCUCGAUUUAAGCUUAAUGCCUAAACUUCAAAUUUUAAAUUUACAGUUCAAUAAGCUACCGUGUUAUUGCUGUAUUCCCACAUGGAUACAGUGUAAUUUGGGAGGAAACUAUGAAGAGAUGGGAGUUGAUACUUGCAGCUCUAUGAGUGAAAUGGAUGUUUAUGAAACCCCUUAUGCAAACAACACCAUAAGUGUUCCUCAUAAAGGUUUCCACCGUAACCCAUUAAUUAUGUCAACUGGGGCAUCUUCCAUCAGUAGAUGCUUCUCGGCUCGAAAAUCAAGCAAGAGGUGGAAGAGGAGACAGCAUUACUACCAGCAAAGGGCAAGGCAAGAGCGCUUGAACAGCAGCAGGAAAUGGAAAGGUGAAGUCCCUCCUGAGGAAUUAAAUUUGAAGAAAUGGAAAGGUGAAGUCCCUACAGGGAAACAGGGCGGCUUGGAUGUUUCCCGGAACACUGAAAAAUCUUCAGUUGAUACUAUCUGCUUAGAUGACAAUUAUAAACUGUUAGGAGAGGAUGAAAUAGGAGAAUCUGUCGUCACUUCUGAAGAGCAAGAGAGCAGUUUGAAAACUGAUUUAGUUUCUGAAAAUUCCCAAUUAAAGAGUGAAAGAGAUAACAAGGAGAGCUGUGAGGUCAAGGCAUCUUCUCCUUCUUUAGAAGAUACUACAGGCUAUAAUUCUUCUUCAGGGAGAAAGAAGCCAAAUCACAAGUCAAAGAGAUGCUAUGAUGAGGAUCUAGAUAACCCAAAAGCUUCUAAAUGCCACAGGCCAUCUAGUGAUAUUGCUAAUCUAUCAUACAAAUACAGCAACAACUCAUUUUGUAGCACAGAAGAUUCACUUCCUGAUGGAUUUUUUGAUGCUGGGCGUGAUAGGCCCUUUAUGCCUCUUAGUAGGUAUGAGAAAAUUUUGCCUCUUGAUUCACGUGAAGUCAUACUCUUGGACAGGGCAAAGGAUGAAGAAUUGGAUGCAGUCACUUCCUCUGCUCGAGCCCUGGUAGCUAGAUUGAAGAAGUUGAACCGUUUAACUGCAGAUGUAGACAACUUACAGGUUGCAUCAUAUCUUGCCCUUUUUGUGUCGGAUCACUUUGGGGGAAGUGAUAGAACUUCUGUUGUUCAAACAACCCGGAAGGCAGUGUCUGGUUCAAACUACCAGAAACCGUUUAUUUGCACCUGCUUGACUGGAAAUCAAGACGACUUGGCUGCUCUUAACAAACAGGUUUCAGGGACUGCUCAAGAUGUCAGUUUGUCCGAUGUGUGUGAAACAUCCUUGCGUUCUAUCAAGUCCAAGCGGAACUCUAUAGUGGUUCCUCUAGGGAAACUGCAGUUUGGCAUCUGUAGACAUAGGGCAUUGCUCAUGAAGUUCCUUUGUGACCGUAUGGAACCUCCGGUGCCUUGUGAACUGGUUAGAGGUUAUCUAGACUUUAUGCCACAUGCCUGGAACGUUGUUCCUGUAAAGAGAGGUGACUCAUGGGUUCGCAUGGUAGUUGAUGCGUGUCGUCCUCAUGACAUCAGAGAAAAUACAGAUCAAGAAUAUUUCUGCCGUUACAUUCCUCUUAAUCGUCUUAGCGAAUCCAUUUGCGCAAGAGCAAAACUGGAACCAGGGAGUUCUUUUUCUUCCCUGUCAACGGGUGAAGGAGUAGAGAGAGCUAAUAGUAGUCUAAUCCGAUGCAAGCUAGGCUCCACUGAAGCAGCUUUGAAGAUGCGCACAUUAGAGGUUUCCGGAGCUUCCGUAGAUGACAUUAGGACAUUCGAGUAUACGUGCUUAGGAGAAGUGAGGAUUUUAGGAGCCUUGAAACAUGACUGUAUCGUUGAGCUAUACGGACAUGAGAUAUCUUCCAAGUGGAUAACCUCGGAAAAUGGAAACGACCAUCGACGCAUAUUGCAAUCUUCUAUCCUGAUGGAAUACAUACAAGGAGGAUCCCUCAAGGGUCACAUUGAGAAGCUCUCUGAAGAUGGUAAGCAUCAUGUACCCAUGGAUCUAGCCUUAUCUAUUACAAGAAAUAUCUCAAGGGCUUUAAUGGAGCUGCAUUCAAAGGAUAUAAUUCACCGUGACAUAAAAAGCGAAAACGUUUUGAUCGAUCUUGGCACUAAAAAAGCAAACGAAGAACCUGUCGUGAAGCUUUGUGAUUUCGAUAGAGCUGUUCCUCUGAGGUCUCACUUACACGGUUGCUGCAUUGCACAUGUCGGAAUCCCUCCUGCUAAUGUCUGUGUCGGUACGCCACGAUGGAUGUCCCCUGAGGUCUUUCGAGCUAUGAACGAUCCAAACUUUUAUGGACUUGAAGUGGAUAUAUGGUCAUUCGGGUGCCUAAUCUUCGAGCUACUGACACUACAAAUCCCAUAUUACGAUUUAUCUGAGCUUCAGAUUCAUGAAUCUCUACAGAAGGGCAAAAGGCCAAAGCUACCAGAGGAGUUAGAGACACUGAUCUCUGAAACAGAGGAAGAAGAUGAAUCAGCCAAAAAACUGCGUGAAGAGUAUGACUUAACCGAAUCUGACUUGGACACAAUGAGGUUUCUCAUCGAUGUGUUUCAUCUUUGCACGGAGGAGUCUCCUUUAGACCGUCUAGACGCUGGAGACCUUCAUGAAAUGAUUCUUUCAUGGACAAAAAGCAAGUCUCCUACAGCUACAGGUACUACUUCCACUUGAAAAAAGCUCAAGCGUUUGAGGCUUUAAAGAGAGGAGAUUAAAGACUGACCUGGCCUGGACUGGCCUCAGUCUUUUUAUUUAUUAGGCUUUAGGGAUUAAUUAUGAGACAAAGAUUUGGUCUCAAAUAGGGUCUAAGGCCUCGUAAGCUUAUGGGAAAUCACAGAACAAAUAGGUCGUGAAAUUAUAAAUUAUUUCUCGUAACUUGUUUGUUUUUUCUUCAUCUUGUAACAUUCAGUAGUUCAGUGUAUCAUUUGAUUUGUAGACACCAUUGUAUCAUUCUUUCCAGGUUUUUAUUUACACACAGAGCAUAUGAACCAAACAGAAUUGAUGCGGCUACAUUUAUCUGUCUUUUUGUAAGAUAAUUGCAAUAUGUAUUAGUGUAUAAUCAUUAGUUUUCUUGGCAG